AAACAAAAAAAAAAACUCCUUUUCUUUCUUUUGUCUUUUCAUAUAUACAAUCAUGACACACCAUCAAUCCUCACCCAUGUCUAUUCACCAACUUGUUCAUAUAGAUGAUCCUGAUGUUAAAAUGGCUGCUGAAGUAUUAGGUGAUAUGGCCAGAUUAGAGACAAGAAAAUUACCACCACUCUCUACACCAUCUACCACACCUAGUUCUCCAUUAACCACACCUCAUAUAGACAGACUAUCAUUCAGUAGUGAGACAACCAUGGUAGAGAAUCAUGUGGAUACAAGACAGCCUAAUUUUAUUCAUCGAGUAUCGAAUAUUCCUCUUGUGAAUUCAGCAUUACGUGUGUAUGAAAACUCAAAGAAUUCAAGUUCUGUCAUGAAAUAUGGUGCUGAAAUGGUCGAAUCAUUUGCUGCUCCUAUUUAUGAUAAAUUUGGGAAACCAGCAUUAUCUAAUGUAGAUGCAUGGGGAUGCAAACAAUUGGAUAAGUUGGAAGAAAGAUAUCCUGAUUAUGUGACACCUAUUCAACAAAUAACAAAAGAACAGGAAGAGGAAGAAGAAGAAGAUGACGAUGCUCGAUCUGCUACAUUUGCUCUUUCACGUGCUUCUUUGAUGGAUACAGAAGGUAUUCGAAAAAGAAGAGACUCUACAGACACACAUAAAAGUCGUUCUCGUCAUUCAUCUUCUCGAUCAACUUCACCUCACAGACCUUAUACGAUUCGUCAUCAUCACCACCAUCAUCAUCAUCAUCAAAAGAGUAAAUGGCAUCAAAUUGUCAUGCAUGCUUCUUCUGCAGCAGGUACAACAGCAGCUGUGAUCAGUGAAGAAAGCAUGAAAUGCCUUAAAUACUGCCUUAGUUGGCUACAUUAUGCUUCACAACACAUAUUUCAACAAAUGACAUUAUUGCGUCGGUUUUUAUCUCAAGAGAACGAUGAUCCACCUUCUACAGUCACAGAGAUCAAACGAGAAAUGGUCGAUACAUUACGUAAAGUAGUGGAUGUGAUAUCGAAAUACGCAGGCUCUGGUUUGCCUGAACAGGCCAAAGUAGCUGUCCGUGGAUUUAUCUUGGCAUUGCCUACACGAUGGGCUAUGCUGAACUCAUCCAAAGCAAGUUCCCCUACAGCUUCUCCUUCCCUUACACCUACUCAAGAUAUCCAUGAAACAUCCAUGAAGUUGCUUGAUUUUGGCCAUGAGUCACUCGAGAUGAUUAGUUCAGUCGCUCAUGUGUUUUCAGACACAAUUGAACGGGCUGAAUUAUGGUUAUAUCGUCUUCGUGUUGUCGGUGCUGGUCGAAAACCUAUUGAGACUCCUAAAAAAGAAUAAAAACCCAAUUCUCAACUCAGAC